CUUUCUGUCACCGUAUGAUGUCAGCCAGCUCUCCCUCCUGCAUCUGGAAAAGGCUCCGUUUGACAGAAAAAACGCAGGCCAUAAUACAUGAAUCACUUAACAAACAUAAAUACAUGCACAUGAAAGAAUCACCUGGGGUACUGGAUUAUAUCAGUCAAUAACACAUCUGGAUUUACUUUUUAUGUUGCCUAUAAUACAGAAUUGCUUUUUUGAAGCCUCAUCUGCUGGACUAUUUCAUAGUGGGCUUAUGAAGCCACAAGCACUAAAAUAUACAAUUUUUGAGUAGUUGGGGACCCCACCGACUGUGACACAUCUACUAAUCAGUGAGAUCCUUCAUAGCACGAGGAGCACGCAAAAUUGUAACACGCAUCACUGGGUAUUCCUGCAUUUACUGUAACAGCAGGGACUACAGGGCAUGGUGGGCUGCAAGACCCAGGAUUAGCAGGACUUCUCAGGGACGGUUGUAUCCGGGGAGCAGCAGGUGCUCAUCAUAGGGACCGACGUGGUGAGGUGUGGAACGGUCUACCAGAUACCCCCUUAUGGCGCGGGGGCAGGAAGAAACCUCUUUGCUGUCCCUGGUUGCUCUAGGAAUCCUACUGUGGAUGUGUGUUCUGCCUCCUGGAAGAGGGUUAUCUCCCAAACAUGCUCCUGAAGUUUAUGAUGACAGCAGGGACAAUAUCACCUUAUUCACUAGAAUCCUGGACCGACUUUUGGAUGGAUAUGAUAACAGACUCAGACCUGGCUUGGGGGAUUCUGUGACAGAAGUUAAAACAGAAAUUUAUGUCACUAGUUUUGGACCUGUUUCGGACACAGAUAUGGAAUACACUAUAGAUGUGUUCUUUAGACAGAGUUGGCUGGAUGAGAGAUUGAAAUUUGAUGGACCAAUAAAAACUCUGCCACUGAAUAACCUAUUGGCUAGCAAGAUAUGGACCCCAGACACAUUCUUCCAUAAUGGAAAGAAAUCAGUUGCACACAACAUGACCACACCCAACAAGCUGCUGAGACUCACCUAUAAUGGAACCCUACUGUACACUAUGAGGCUUACAAUUCAUGCUGAAUGCACAAUGCACCUUGAGGAUUUCCCCAUGGAUGUUCAUGCCUGUCCACUGAAAUUUGGAAGCUAUGCUUAUCCCAGUACAGAAGUAGUUUAUGCAUGGACCAAUGACUCUGGUAAAUCUGUUGAUGUUGCCCCAGGUGGCUCUAGACUAAAUCAAUAUGACCUUCUAGGUUUGGUGAUAGGAACUGAAACAAUCAGAUCAAGCACAGGUGAAUAUAUUGUUAUGACAACUCACUUCCACCUGAAGCGCAAGAUUGGAUACUUUGUUAUACAAACCUAUCUCCCAUGCAUAAUGACGGUCAUCCUAUCACAGGUGUCCUUCUGGCUUAAUAGGGAGUCUGUACCAGCUAGGACAGUGUUUGGAGUCACCACUGUUUUGACAAUGACAACACUGAGUAUCAGUGCUCGGAAUUCUCUGCCCAAGGUUGCCUAUGCCACAGCAAUGGACUGGUUUAUGGCAGUGUGCUAUGCAUUUGUCUUCUCUGCACUCAUCGAAUUUGCAACAGUCAAUUACUUCACGAAAAGAGGCUGGGCCUGGGAUGGGAAGAGAGCCCAGGAAGGACAGACCUUCAAGAUAAAAGAACCCAUAAUCCUGGCCAAGAAAUCCAACACAAAAUACAACAUUGUGGGGACUACAUACACACUGAACAUCAAGGAACCGGCCUUGGCAACAAUUGCAAAGAACGCAUCUCUUUCCCCACCUCCUCUGUCACCACCACACCAUGAGCUAAAAGCACUAGAUGAGAAAAAAUCCUACAACAGUGUUAGUCGCAUUGACAAGAUUUCACGCAUUGUCUUCCCUGUCAUGUUUGCUAUCUUUAAUCUAGUGUACUGGGCAACCUAUGUCAACCGAGAAUCAGCAAUCAAGGGAAUGAUACCUAAAUAACUGAUGAUUAACCCUUUCUUUGCUUUUACUUGUGUCGGACAUCUUACAGUACCUGUUUCCUCACCAAGUAUCACCUGCUGUUGGCUGGCUGAUGUAUUGGUUUGAAACUUCUUAUAUCUAUGUUUUUGCUCACUGUGAUACCUAUCCCUGUUAUGGUAAUUUGCUUAUUUAUGUUUGGCGACAUUUUUUGGUAACCUACAAUGUCUGCCAAUGUAUUUGAUAUUCUUCUAUUUGGUCCAUGGUUUAAUUACAAACAAACUUUGGCGAUACAGCUACAUAAAGUAGUCCCUUUCUAGAAUUUCACUUUCUAUAGUAUGUGCCACAGUAUGUGUAAUUUUGUAGACUUAAGAGCCACCCUACCUAAUUGAUAAGAAUAUGCUCUACUGCUGCAAGAGUCCUCUUGAAAUAAAUACACCAGCGCAUCCCUGUUACAUACACUGUUUAAAAUGCAAAGUUUUAUUUGUUAGAAAUACAAAACGCUUUCCGAUAACACUGAUUUGUUUUUAUUGUUUCCUUUUAACACCGUGGGGUCUAUUCAUGUAGUAGUGAAGAGUGGAGAAGUGAGCCAGUGGAGUAGUUGCUCAUGACAACCAAACACUUUUGAAGUAACAUAUUUCAAGUACAUGCAAAAAAAUUAUACAGCUGAUUUGGUUGUCAUGUGCAACUUCUUCCUUGGCUCACUUCUCUACUCUUGUCACUGCUUCAUGAAUAGACCUGCUUGACCACUAUCUAUAAAUAUUUGCAUUAAAUUCUGACCGUCCUCUACUUCUUUUAAUUAUUAUAAUACACUCAAUAUUCUUUUACUUUGCGCUUUAAAAUAAAACCAGUCUUGGUGCCUUGUGAAA